AUGGCGAUGAUGGAGGUGGCGGGGUGGGAGGACAAGGACGCGUUGCUAGACAGCGCGUGGAUGGACGCCGCCACCAAGGACGACGAACCCGAAGACGACGAACCCAACGCUGACGACUUCCGUCGCUCUCGCACGUUUACGUCGUCCAUACUCUCCCGAAUUACCGCGUCAACACCUGGAAGAGGCGAGUCGAGCAGAGCGACCCCGCGCGGAGCCAGCGACGGCAAGGCGGCGUCUAGCGGCGGCAGCGCCAAGGACGGCCCGAGGCCGCCCAAGUGGCUCAACUUCCGGGGCUCCGCGAGCAAGGGGGCAUCCGACGACAGCAGCAAGGCGGCGGCUACUCCAAGUGCGAAUCGGACCGCAUCCUCGAGAACUUCGGACGCCAAUUGGUCCGACAAGCAGUUGUCGCCUCCGGCAGACACGUCUGCGGCUGACGAGCCGUCAAUGGACGAUCUUCGUCGAUCCAUUACCGUGUCCGCCGUUGAUAGAAGCUCGUUGCGCCGGCAGCACAAGGAGAUGGGCACCCUCCGCGCCACUGCCGAGGUUGCGAACAAGAAGGCGAGCGCGCAUGGCGGCAGGAUCAGCGCCUCCACCGGCGUCGGUAGCGGAUUGGAUGCACCGGGUGCUCAACCCAACCCGGGAAACGCGGGUGGGCUUGCACGGACGCGAUCCGGCGGAAGCGCAACAUCGGUGGUGUCGCGACCUCCCGCCCCCGUGUCGGCCGCUAAAGUCGCCUUCUUCUCGUUCAAUAAACACCGCGAGGCCGUCGCUGGCGCGGAACAUGCGGAGCAGCUGACGCUUUCCGCGGAUGAGCAGAAGGCGCGCGGACAAUCGGGGGAAGCUGUCGCGCGGAAAGGCUAUGGGCGGCGGGCGCAGAGCAUUGGUGGAACGGCAGGGGAGCUGCGCGGAAGAGGGGGCAUUCCGGAUGGCGGGAGGGCUUCAUUGGGAGGCCCGGUGCGGGCCAGCUUGGGAAGGAGUCGCAGUGUGGGCAACGCUCAGAGCGACGCGGGCAGCCAUGGUAUCUCGCCGCUGCACCCGUCCGCCUCCCGCCUCUCCGCCCACUCCGACCGCCCCGCCUCCCCGCAGCUCAUGCGCCGCCCCCGCGGCCACUCCGCCUCAAUGCUGCCCCCCACAGUGCGCACCUCCACGCCUCCCCGCGCGCCCGACCCAGGCGAGCGCCCAGGCUCGUCCCUGUCCGAACGAGGGAGUGGGCCUACUGGCAGGCGUAAGAGUGGUGUGUCUAGGCGAAAGGAAGGGGGGGGAUCAGUAGGAGGCUCGGAACGAACGGGGUCGCCCCUUUCACAAGGAGCUUAUAGCGGGUACGCAACUGAGGAUGGGCCAGGGAGUGUUGCAAGCGCGGGGCUCGUGGGGGGCAACGGGGAAGGCGAAUACGAGCAGUACCAGCAGCUGGGGAGCAGAGGGCGCGGGAUGGGCGCAGGGGGAGGGGCGCAAGGGGGAAGGCAUGGGCGGCAGAAAUCAAGCAGCAGCAAUGGAGGGGUUGAGGGGGAGGGCGUGCGAGGGGGGAUGAGCGGAGGUGGGCGUGUAGAGGGGGGAGCGAGUGCGGGGAGAAUGGGGAGGGGAAGCGUGGCAGUGAGGGGAGUUGCGGGUGGGGGGGCUGCGAGUGGCGGGAGAGGAUCGGCAGGCGGGCAUGUGUACGGGUAUGGCAGAGGAGGGGCGGCGAUUGAAGGGGGGGAGGAUGAGGGGUAUGGAGAGGGAGGGGUGUGGGAGGAGGAAUUUGAUAGUGGGGAAGGGGCGGGGGGGCUGGUGGGUGCUAAGGAGCAGCAGCAGCAGCAGUGGCAGGGGCAGGGGCAGGGGCAGCAGCAGUGGCAAGGGCAGGGGCAGGGGCAGCAGCAGUGGCAGGGGCAGCACAUGCAGGCGCAGCAAGGGCAUGUGGAUGGGUAUUCAAGUGGAUACGUGGAUGAUGAAGGGAGGUACUCGGGCGAGCAAGAGGGGGAGGAGCAGCAGGGAGGCGACGAGUGGUAUGAGGGAGGGGAAGGGGGGGAUCCUGGGGCGUACGCGCAGCAAGGGGCGUGCGGUGAGGGCGCAUACGAGGAGGGCGUGUAUGGCGGCGAAGAGGGCUAUGAUGAACAGGUUGGGGGGACGCAGGGUUAUGGCAUGCAGGCAGGGUAUGAAGCAGGGUACGGCGAGGCAGGGCGUGCGGAGCAGGGGUAUGGGCGGCAGGGGAAGCGGGGCGGAGGUCACAGCGAGUACAGCGAGACAGGGUAUGGGGAGCAGGACCAUGGAUAUGGAGGGCAGGGGUAUGGGGAGCAGGGGCAGGAGGGGCAGGGAUACGAGGAGGACGAGUACUACGAGGAGCAAGGCAGCGGUGGGGGUGGGGGGUACAGCCAAGGCCGAGGGGGGCAGUACGCGGUUCAGGUGCAACCUGGGCGUCAGCAGUACCAGCAGCAGCGGCAGCAGGCCUCACAGCAGCAGGAGUAUUCCGCGCAGCAGCAAGGGUAUCCCCAGCAGCAACAGCAACAACAGCAGGCGCAGCAGCAGGGUGCUGGGAGGUCGUCAAGAAAGGGGUCACUGGGAGCAGCAGGUGCAGGGGGGGCAGGGGGGGGAGCAGAGAUGGGCGGCGGAGGCACGACAGGAGCCGCUGCGCCCCGAGGCAGGGCCUCCAAGCACCAGCCCCCGCAGUCGCAUCAGCAGCCGGCCAAUCGGCGCCCGCCAAGUGGAGGGGCGAAGGGUGCUGGUGUCUCUCGCAGUCGAGGAGGUGCAGGAGGUGGGGGAGGGUACUGA